CAAUAAACAAGGUUACAUGUUAGUGCCUCCUCCCCUCAAGGAAAACCUUACAGAAUCACAGUUCAGGGAUUCAGAACCAAAAUGGCUUCCCAAACCCUAACGGACCCAACUCUGAUCUCUAUGGAUCCAAUUUUCCACAUCCUCAAAAUCGUACCUUUCUCCGUCCUCCGCCCUCCCCGCCUCCGCCUGAAGCUCCCCAGCUUUACUCUCCCCUCGCCGAUGACCGUAUUUGCGCUAGUCGUCUUGACCUACUUCAUGGUGGUUUCCGGCAUUGUCUACGACGUAAUUGUGGAGCCGCCAGGCAUAGGCUCUACUCAGGAUCCGGCUACCGGCUCUAUUCGCCCCGUUGUUUUCCUACCUGGUCGCGUCAACGGCCAGUAUAUCAUUGAGGGUUUGUCCUCUGGGUUUAUGUUUGUGCUUGGUGGAAUUGGAAUUGUGCUUAUGGAUCUUGCGCUGGACAAGAAUCGAGCUAAGAGUGUAAAAGUUUCGUAUGCCUCUGCUGGGAUUUCAUCGCUGAUCAUCGCCUAUGUAAUGAGUAUGCUCUUUAUUCGCAUUAAGAUCCCUGCUUAUCUUAGGUGAAUUGAGUUAAUGUGACUGGGUUUUGUAUGAGUUUUUUUGUUUGCCUUUUAUUUAUGUCAGUCGGACUAUGGAUUUUAUCAUUCAUCUGAAUGAUUCAGUAGUGUUUUCACUGAA